AUGUACUUAAUUUUUUGUUUAGUGGCUCUGGUGUACAGUGAACAAAAUGUUUCAGAAUAUAAAGGUAUUCUCACACCUGACUGCACGCGAGCUUAUUACCGCAUAUUCGUCACACGAAGAGUUCCACCACGAAAUUACCAUUAUUUUCACGAGAAAAUUGAUCUCCAUCAAAAAAUUUCGGACAAUAGCCAAGGAAAAACUUUAGAAGAUGAUUUAAACUGGAGAAUUGUUGGAGGGAACAUAGUUUCCAUUGAGGACGUGCCUUACCAAGUGCUAUACGGUCGAUACUGCGGCGGCAGUCUGAUAGCACCCCAAUGGGUGAUAACUGCCGCACACUGCAAGGAUAAGGAAACAUUCGUCCUAGCUGGAUCUACUCGACGCAGUCAAGCCAAAAGUUACAAAAUCUGUGCACAUUUCAUUCACCCAAAGUGGAACACGAGUAAAACUCACAACCACGACUUCGACUAUCAACUCGUACUUUUAGAAACACCAAUACCAGUGACACCAAGUUCCAGGCCCAUAGCUAUAGGAAGUCUUGAUGACGUCAAGCCAGGCAGCAUGACGUCUAUAAGUGGUUGGGGUCAUUUGCAGUUUAAGAAGAGCAGAAUGCAAGACCUGGUUCGAAGAGUAAGCAUUCCUGUAAUGGAUGACGAAGAGUGUAGAACAUUGUCAAACGGUUUUUUUAAGAACAUCACACCAAGGAUGUUUUGUGCCGGAUACAGAGCUGGCGCCAAGGAUUCUUGUCAGGGAGACUCUGGUGGUCCAGCGGUGAUCAAUGGCAAGCUUGUUGGCCUGGUCUCUUUUGGAGUGGGUUGCGCGUUUCCCGACACACCGGGUGUCUACAGUAAGAUUCCAGUUGUGCGGGACUGGAUUAGAUCCAUCACAGCAUUACCUCUUUGA